AUGAAAAAACAGUCAAAAAGACAAUUAGAAAAGAUAUUCAACAGAUGUGAUAUUGAAGAAACAGGCUAUUUAAAUAGUGAAGCACUUUAUCAAGCACUAUUGAUAUUAAAGUUGCCAGUACAGCCUACUGAUAUAGAGGAUAUUUUUGAUUCAGUUGGCAGAAAAAAGGAAGGAACGAUAGGCAUAGAUGACUUUAUCAGUAUAGUGCAUGAGCUUCAGGUUGAAGAUACAGAACUUGAUAAAGACGAUGAAUUUAUACCAGAAGAGCAAGAAUCCAAAGCGCAGAUAGUCUUUGGUAUGCUAGCAGAUACAAAUGUAGAUGGUAUUACGCUAGAGAGCCUAAUGAAAGUGUGUGCUGCGGAAGAGCCCUCAUGGACUCAGCAACAAGUUAUGGAAAUGCUAAAUGAAGCAGAUAUGAAUCAUGAUGGUAUCAUUGAUUUAAAUGAAUUUGAGAUGCUUUGUAAACGAAUGGGAAUAUCAUGA